AUGGCUCUGAUCGAAGGUGUGGGAGAUGAAGUGACACUGCUGUUCAGCUCUCUGCUGUUGCUCACGGUGCUGCUGCUGGCCUGGAUUUCCACCCGCACACCGGAUACCCCAGAUCACCUGUUCGUGUCCACCGCAGCCCCCGCCCCCUCACCAAGGACCAGUCCCAUCCACCAGGAUGCGCACCCUUCCUUUUCACGGCCACCAUCAACAUCCUCACCAUCAUCACCCUCCGUCUCUGCCAGUGACAGCUCUGCUUCUGAAGCCCUUGCUGAAUCUACCCAGGAGAAGCAGGGGGAAGGGAGAAGUGCGGGGGGUGGCGUGAGGAACAGAAUGGGAGGAGAGUCUUCCUCCCAAAGGAACAUGGUGGUCAGACUAAAGUUUCUGAAUGACACUGAGAGAAUGGCUCAGGUUCAGCCGGAAGACACCAUCGGAUACAUUAAACGGACCUAUUUUGCUGGCCAGGAGCAUCGGGUCAGAUUAAUUUACCAGGGUCAGCUGCUGCAGGAUGAUGCUCAGACUCUGGCCUCCUUGAACCUGGUACAUAACUGUGUCCUGCACUGUCACAUCUCCCAGCACACAGGACGGGGUGCAGUGGGGGAGCCGCGGCCCGCAGAUCAGGUGCAGGUGGCUUUGAACGUGGGCAGCCUAAUGAUCCCGCUGUUGGUUCUCAUGCUGUCGGUGCUGUGGUACUGUCAGAUCCAGUACCGGCAGUUCUUCACAGCCCCAGCCACGGCCUCGUUGGUUGGAGUCACCAUCUUUCUUAGCCUUGUGGCUUUUGGAGUGUACCGUCGCUAG